AUGCACACCAUCUUUCCGUGGAGUCGGCCCCGCCCCGCCCGGUCCCCGCUCUGUCUUCCCUGCAGGAUCUACUGGGGCUGCUUCUACUUUUUCCCCUGGCUGCGCAUGUGGCGGAGGGAGCGGAGCUCGGCGCACCCCCGGGAGCAGAAGCUGGAGCCUCUGCGGGGCCUGAUGAGCUGUCUGUCGAGCGGCCUGGGCCCGGUUCCCCAGCCCUCGGGCCGCGGCCUCCCCCGCCGCACCCCCUCAGCUGCUGCCCAGACUGCGCAGGCAUUAAAGAUUUAAACUGACGCUCCCCACCCCGGACUGCCCUCCCGCCUCCAUUUGAGCCGAGCCCCCGUCUACACUGACUCCAUGUCCUGAGAGUCUCCUCCCUCCCUAGUAGGGUGCCCAUGUGAGUCAAAGCCUACUGCCAUCGAGUCAAUCUGACUCAAAGCAACGAAGCAGAACGGCCCCGUGUGUUUCUGAUGCUGGGAAUAGUUACAGAAGCCUCCUCUUUUUCCCGCGGAAUUACCGGUGGGGUGGGGACUACUGGCUUUUCUGUUAUCAGCCCCACGUGGAACCCACUACAGGGCCCCUCAUCAGUGCCUGUUACUGCCAGUGGCCGCCCUCUCCCCACCACCAGUACCCCUACUCCCCAGCACUGUGAGUAAACGUUAUGGAGUGAACUAG